UGUCAUCUUUCUGUCACUGCACUUUUCUUAAAGUUUGAUUUCAGAUUUGGUUAAUUUUGGUUGGAACCGUUUGGUUCCAACAUACGAAACGAAAUAUUAUUUUAUUGUAGAAGAGGAAGAUUUAAUGGAACACAUAGUUUUAUAGGCUUUGACCAAUCCCAGUUACCUAAAAUAUAUAAAAAUGUCCUUCCAACGUCACCUUUUUCAAGCAGCUAAACAGUAUGUAUCGAAAUAUCAUAGAAUACAGCCUCAAAUUAGACCAAGCUACUCUAUACUGCAUCACAGAUACAGUUCAUCAGCCAGGAGAUACACAGAGAGGCACGAAUGGGUAUCAAUGGAUAAUGAAAUAGGCACUGUAGGCAUUAGCAACUAUGCUCAAGAAUCUCUUGGAGACAUUGUCUUUGCUCAACUACCUGAUUCCGGUCAAGUCUUAAUAGCGGACGAAGAGUGUGGUGCCUUGGAAAGUGUUAAAGCUGCGAGCGAAAUAUAUUCUCCUGUUUCUGGAACGGUAACAGAACGAAACAAGGCAGUUGAGGAUAAACCGGCACUUAUAAACAGUUCAUGUUAUGAAAAUGGCUGGCUUUAUAAACUGAGGCUAUCAGACAUCAAAGAAGUAGAUAGUCUUAUGACAGAAGCAGAAUAUGAAACAUAUUUGAAAACGGAUGUUGAAAAGGAAAAAGAGACAGAUUCUUGAAUUUCUAAUAUUAAGUUGUUACUUUGUUUUAGUUUAGUUGCUGUUAGUUAUUAUUCUUCUAAUUUAAGAAAUUGCUCUUAAUAGGCACUUAAUGGAGUGGCAUUUAUGUCUUCUUAACUAUAAAUAUAUUAAAAUGGCCUCACAUAUUAUGCCAUAGAUCUUUGACGAUCAUUUAUUAUUUAAAAAAAUAUUAAGUUCUUGUCAUUAGUCUCUAAAGUUGUGAAUAUAAAAGAAUAAAAUAUAUAUGUUGAUAUGAAAUUGAUAGUUGAACCAAAUACAUAAAGAUGAAGAAUAUAUUAAGCCUUAAAGGGAUCAGAAGGAAAAGGGUCUAUUCAUAUUUUCUGUACAUGUACAUAUUUUACAUGAUACUUAAGUAUGUGAAUUCUGUGAAGAAUUAGGUCCUUACCAUGUUUAUAAAAUGGAUGAAUAAAGACAGAUUUGUUAGUGCAGUGUCAUCUUUUAUUAAAGUGCAUUCUUAUAUCUAUAAAAAAUAAAAUCUACUUUGGCUUAACAAAGGGAACAUUUUAAACGGUACACCUAAAAUAUUAUCACAAUUAUAAAUUUUUUGGAUUUUAUGUGCGUAAAUGUAUAACAUGCCUAUCGCAGUUUUAAAUGAUAUAAGUCCUGAUAAAAUACUUAGUCACAAAUAAAUGUAUACAACAAGAUAUGUUUUAAUUCCAACAAAUUGCUUGUUUCACUAGUCUAAUACAUAACAUUUAAGAUUGUGAAAUGGGGGGGAAACACUUCUUUGUGUCAGAUAUAAUAUUUAAUAACUAGCAAAAUCACCAUCCUAUCUACAGCCUAAAAAUUUUUAAGUCUCAUAAUAACCAAACCAGUUACCAAACUUAAUUAAACAUAUACAUGCUAACAUAUGUUGUUUAACUUUGUUUCGUAUUUUUUAACUUUAUAGUGUGGCAGUGUGCAAAUAGGCUUUUGUACUAGGAAGACAAAUGAGAAAAGCACCGAAAUUAAGAUAAGAGAGAAAAUGUAUUAUAGGUAUCUAGUCUUGAUGAAAGUCGUAAUCUUUGAACACUGUCAUUAUAUAAAUCAGUUUUUUUUUUCUAAUGACAAAAACAAAAAAAUAUAUAUCGAGGUUGUGCGUAUGACGGUAAUGUAUUGUGAUGUUACGAAUUUUGGAAUCAAAAUGAAUUGCUAAUAAAAAAAAACCAAUUAAUUUCGUAAUUAAUAAAACUGACCAAUGAAAGUGUCAUUUUAUUGUUGUUUGGUUAUUUAUAUACCUUUACAUAUUUUUUUAUCCAGUCAAGUAGGUAGCCAUUAUUAUUACAAUAUCCUAUUUUAUUUAACACUUAGUACAAUAUUAUACUAAUACUAGUCUAGUAUAUUAUAUUUGCUUCCUUGCUGGUUUGGGAGU